GCUGGCGGCGCGCGGGUGAGUCAGGCCGGGUUUUCCCUCCGCCUCUGGGGCAGGCGAGCGAGCGCUACCGAGCGCGUCCCUCCCUCGCCAAUCCGGCUCUGGCGCCCGCCCGCCCGCGUUUUCCCGGCGUCUGUCGCCCGGCCGUCCCGGCUCGCAGUCUCGGCUGGACGGGUGCCGUGGAGGGAGGGUUCAAAUCCGUGCGAAGGAACUGCAGCGCGCGAGGGGUGCGGAGCAGCUCCAACAUGAAGCAGCUGCCUGUGCCCUGUUGAAACUUCAUGGCCACAGCCCCAGGCCUUGCUGGCAUUGCCAUGGGCAGCGUGGGCAGCCUAUUAGAACGGCAGGACUUCUCCCCUGAAGAGCUACGUGCAGCACUCACGGGGUCCCGGGGAUCCCGCCAGCCUGAUGGGCUCCUCCGGAAGGGCUUGGGCCAGCGUGAACUCCUCAGCUACCUGCACCUCCCCAAGAAGGAUGGCAAGACCACCAAGCGGGCUGCUCGGAACGAGGCUGCCGACUAUGCCACCCUCUACUACCAGGAACACCCUCGGGCCGGUGACUUCAGCAAGACUUCGCUGCCUGAGCGGGGUCGUUUCGACAAGUGCCGCAUUCGCCCAUCGGUGUUCAAGCCCGUGGCAGGCACCGGGAAAGGCUUCCUGUCCAUGCAGAGCCUGGCGGCUCACAAGGGCCAGAAGUUAUGGCGCAGCAACGGCAGCCUGCACACGCUGGCCUGCCACCCGCCCCUGAGCCCAGGGCCCCGGGCCAGCCAGGCACAGGCCCGCGCCCAGCUACUGCAUGCCCUCAGCCUGGAUGAGGCCAGCCCUGAGCCCGAACCCAGCCUGUCUGACUCCUCUAGCGGGGGCAGCUUUGGCCGCAGUCCUGGCACCGGCCCUGGUCCCUUCAGCUCCUCCUUGGGCCACAUUAAUCACCUUGGGGGCUCCCUGGACCGGACCUCGCGGAACCCCAAGGAGGCUGGGCCACUGGCCAUGCUGAGCUGCCUGCCUGAGCCGCCACCCCCCUACGAGUUCUCCUGCCCUACCACCGAGGAGGUGGUGGCCAUGCUGCCUGACACCUGUGAGGAUCUCAAGAGAGGCCUCAGUGACGAGGAUGGCGCCAACCCCUUCACACAGCAGGUGCUGGAGGAGCGCCAGCGGCUGUGGCUGUCUGAGCUGAAGCGCCUGUACGUAGAGCGGCUACACGAGGUGGCCCAGAAGGCUGAACGCAGCGAGCGCACCCUACAGCUGCAGCUAUUCAUGGCUCAGCAGGAGCAGCGGCGCCUGCGCAAGGAGCUGCGGGCACAGCAGGGCCUGGCCCCUGAGCCUCGGCACCCAGAGGCCGAGCCCACCACGCGGCCAGAGGAGGAAGCCCGAUGGGAGGUAUGCCAGAAGACAGCGGAGAUUAGCCUCCUGAAGCAGCAGCUGCGGGAGGCCCAGGCCGAGCUGGCUCAGAAGCUGGCUGAGAUCUUCAACUUGAAGACACAGCUUCGGGGCAGCCGGGCACAUGCCCAGGCCCAGGAUGCAGAGCUGGCCCGGCUACGCGAGGCCGUGCGCAGCCUGCAGGAGCAGGCCCCUCGGGAGGAAGCCCCGGGCAGUUGUGAGACUGAUGACUGCAAGAGCAGGGGGCUGCUGGGGGAGGCAGGGGGCGGUGAGGCCGGAGAUGGCGCCCAGCAGCUGCGGGCCGAGCUGCUGCAGGAGCGGCUCCGGGGCCAGGAGCAGGCGCUACGCUUUGAGCAGGAGCGGCGGACGUGGCAGGAGGAGAAAGAGCGUGUGCUGCGCUACCAGCGGGAGAUCCAGGGGGGCUAUAUGGAUAUGUACCGCCGCAACCAGGCGCUGGAACAGGAGCUGCAGGCGCUGCGGGAGCCCCCGACGCCCUGGAGUCCUCGGCUUGAGUCCUCCAAGAUCUGAGGCCAGUGGAGCGAGCUGACAGCAGCAGCAGCACUGUCAGAAGAUGGCUUGGGCAAGCCCGCCCCGAGAUGCUGGCUCCUUCCUGACAUUGGUCUGGGGCAGAAUCUGCUGAGGCCAGCCAGGGAUGGGGUGGCCCGCCGAGAGGAGGGAUCCAGUAGCGCUGUGGGCUGCACAGAAUGCCUGCAGCAGGUGUCAACACCAAGCCCUCCUGGCUGAGGGGCACCCCGGAAGGGCCCAGCACUGCUCCUGGAGUAGGUUUGGCCCAGGAAAGGAAGCUGGGGGGUGAGGAGCCCAAGAAGCAGAUGGGCAUGAGGGAUGGAGGCCGGGACGGGAACAUUGGCCUCCCCCAGAAUAAAACCACAUUUUCUAUGAGGAGGCCCUGGGUGAUAACAUUGGGUCCAUCCCUGGAGUGUAGAGGGCAGGGUUGAGGAUGGUCGGGGUUGGGCUGUGGACGUGGGCUGCAGCUCCUCCCAAGGUCGUGGUCAGUGGGAGGAUGUGCCCUGUGCCUUGUGCACAGCUGCUGGGUACGUGUGUUGGUGAGUGGAGGAAUAUUCCUGCCCCAGCACCACAUGGUUCCUUAGCUGCCGUGUGGGCUGAAAUUCCUUUCUUCAACACCAGUGGGAUUUUUUAGAAGGAACAAUGUCAGGGAACCCAGUAAAACAAAAGGGCAAGUCACCCAAGGCAUUGCUAGAACAUGAAACAUUCUCUCGGUGCAAAGUCCGAGCCCCAGUGCCCAGGGCCCUGCUAGAUUUAGGGCUGUCCUAGGACAGCUUCUGCUGGAGCCCCCAAAGGCUCUGGUAGGGCCCUGCCCUCCCAGAACCCACCACCCAUCUUCCUGUCUGGUGCUGGUAAACUCCUCCCUUUAGGGGUGGGGUCCCUGGGAAGGUACAGGAGACAGGCAGAGAAAGCUCGUGGGUCACUGGACAAAGGGCCUUUGCCACAGUACGGAAUGUGUACAUUUCCCCAUAGGCAUGGAAGGCCAUGGGGUUUUUUUAUUUUUUUUAACUUUUAUUUAUUUAAGUGUGUUUUUCCAGGACCCAUCAGCUCCAAGUCAAGUAGUUGUUUCAAUCUAGUUGUGGAGGGCGCAGCUCACAGCGGCCCAUGUGGGGAUCGAACUGGCAACCUUAUUGUUAAGAGCACCGCGCUCUAAUCAGCUGAGCUAACUGGCCGCCCCUCCAUGGGGUAUUUUGAAGCAGAGAUGAGAGUUGAACUGAUUUGUAUUCUGGAACAUUGUCCUGGGAAGCAGCCCCUUACCUCCCAUCCCUGCCUCUCAGACAUCUGGCUUCCCCUCUGGACCUUUUCCUCCCUCCUGGGUGGAUGGCCUGGAGCACAGACCCAAUCUGGCUGUGCAGGUGGCGUCUCCCCACUCCUUGUGGCGUUCUUACGCAUGAAUCCCUGUGAUGUUGCCAUGUACUGAGCGCUUCCCUUCUGCCAGGCACUGUUAGGCCAUCAGGGCAUGGGGGCUUAGGGUUGAAUUGGAUAUGCUUCCUGCCCCCGGGGAGGUAGCACACAGACCUCUCCCCUCCUGGUGCCUGCCCUGGUGGGGCAGGUGCAACCUCCGAGGUGCUCUCAGCAAAUUCCCAGUGUGUGCCCUGUGGCCAUGCCCCCGCCCUCCUGGCCAUGCCUGGCAGCCCCUCAGGCCCCAGCAGGUGGGUCCUGCGCAGGGGUGUGCAUGGAGCUGUGGAGUGAGCCGGUGUGCCCUGCCUUUUCAGGGUGGAGAGCGAUGUGUGAGUUGACUGCCAAGGGUAGCUGUGUUUGUGGCCCUGUGACUGGCAGGUAUGUGUAGAGAGGGGCUGUGGGUGGUAGGUGUGUCCAAGGGGGUGUGUUUGGGGCUCCUGGGUUGGAGGCCAGCAGGGCUGCUUCCUGCCGCUCCCUCUGCCCCAUUUCUACUCCCCUGCUCCAGCCCUUUUAGCUUUGGCCAGGCUUGGGUGAAAUCUGGACUAGUCAGUCAGAUCCCUGGGCUUUGCUGAGAUCCUUCUAGGCCCACCCCUCUGCCUGGGGAGGGAAAGGAGGAGCUCCUGUGUUAGGCAGGAGUAUCCAUUUCACAGACCCCUUCAAACCAAGUUCUCUGGGCCAGUGGCCCUCCAAAGGGGCCCCCACAGCUGGGUGUUGGCCUGAAGCCAGGACCACUCCCUCCCCAAGGCCUGGAACUAGUCAGGCUGGGUGCCCACAUGCCCCGCAGUGGCUGGGGUCUACUUUUAUGUGUACCAGCUCUGCAGAACGGCUCCUCACCCAGCAAUUAAGAGAGCUGGGCCGGCCAGUACAGCCAGCGGGGUGUGGGUGGGCGGUACCAAAACUUGGCAGCUCUGCCAGAAACCAAGGCCCUGCCCAGAUGUGUGUGUGUGGGAUGGGGGGGGGGGGGGGACACGACUCUGGAGGGCCAAGCUGGGCGUCUCAGGGAACCGGAUCCUUGUUAGCUUGUUCCUGCCGGGCAAACCAGUUCCUGGUCCCCAAGCCGGCUUGGUGGCUCUGGGGCCAGCAGAUUACAGGUGCCACUGUAGUGGCUCCUGCUUUAGGGAAGCCCCUUCGUCCCAUCCCUGGCAGGCCCCAUCCCCAGGAGACUAGGCCCAGGCAGCCAGUUCAUUCCAGAACGGUGGUAACCCCCCACACUGGGCCCCCUGCCCCUGGUCCCUCCUGUUCUUAGGUCAGAUAGUGUCAUGCCUUCCAGCUGCUCCCUGGGCCCCUCAGUCUAUCACUUGAGGCCUCUGAGUCACACGGAUAGUAGUGCUCGCUCCUUCCGACCACAGCAGGGCUCUCACGGAAGCCUUGUCUGAACUCAUGGACGGUAAUCCUCUUCCCUGUGCCCACAGCCCCCCGUAUGCCUCUCUGCCAACUCUCCUCGUGUUGCUGGAACCACCCUUUCACUUCUCUCCACUGGGUUGUGGGCCUUGCCUGGGAGAGCUAUGUUUUGUUUUCAUCCCCAGAGCCACUCUGGCUCCAGCCCCAGAAGGCACUGGGGGGGCUUUAGAGUCAAGAGGGACCAGAACCCUCCCCUGACUGGCAUGGGUUUGAGCUGGGGUUUGGGUGAGGUAGGUGGGGAGGGCUCCUAUUCUGAGUGUUCAUUGACCCACGAGUACCUGGUGGGAACCAGGUCUGUCAAGCACCAGGGUUCCUGAGCCAGGCACCCACUGUUCACUGCACAAUGACGUGUUGCUGCCUCCCUCAGGACCUGGUCUGGUUCCCAGCUGAGGUGGCCAUGACCUCCGCCCUCUUGGCCAUUUUCUGUGGGUGAGGGAUGGACAACACACACAUGUCCGUGUAGUCACCGGGCCAGGCAGGAGAAAGGAGAGGACAGGAGAAUCUAGAGAGUGCAAACAUGGUGAUCGAAUCAGCAGAGCAUGGAGAAGACAGAGGGAGCCUGUUGGUGCGUGAGAGUAACUUUCUCUGAGACUGGGGGGCAGGGGCUGUAGGUAUUAGUGGGCCUUUCUCCAAAAAGAGUGCAGGCCCCACAGUGACAAUGCAGAUUGCAUAACCUCCCCCCCGAAUGGGUGGGGACUUGGCCCUCUAUUGGAUUCAGAAAAGAAAAAGAAUGUGAAAGUGAAAUAUGUCACGUGCUGUGAGGUGUGAGUGCCGUGGGAGUUCAGAGGAGAGCUGGAUCAUUUAUCACUCCAGGUCAUGGGGUGGGGAUGACAAAGUUUGACCAAACUUUGGUGGCUCUUCUGAGCUCUCUUUAGACUAGGCCCGACCUUGGAAGGUCUCCUUUCUUGUACAGUCCAGUUCUAGCAAGAAUUCUAAGUUAGUUAAACCAGAACCCCCAUCCUUUAUAUUGGGUCACCCUCCAGCAUCCCCCAGGUGAUGUCAAAUCACUGGCCUGCCUCAGUGAGAAUCCUGUGAGGACCAUUUAGCUAAGACUUCCCUCUCCCCUGAAGUUUUCUUUCUUUUUUCCCCCCUUCCUCCGCUUCCCCCCGCCCCCCUCUAGUUUAAGCCAUU